GCCUCGAUCAGGCAUGAUUACUGAACAACGCUCUGCGAUGUCCGCGCUGACAGUUGAAUAGCUGAUGGAGCUUGCUGGGCUUGCGUGUGCACAAACGCUUGCCAAGGUCUACGACUCCAAACAGCAUCCCCGCGUUCUCGUCUGCUGUGGACCAGGGAAUCAAGGUGGAGACGGGUUGGUUGCCGCCAGACACCUGGGUGAGUCCAUCGCUCCUCCAAGUCGCCCAAGAUAUGUAUGACUCUCGACAAAAGCACAAUUCGGAUAUCAGCCAACUCUGUACAUGCCGAAAGUCGAGUAAACCGAUCGUUCCAGUGGACACACAUUCUGAGCGGACGUCUAGCCCGGCUCGAAGGAGAUCUACAAGCGUCUCCACACCCAAUGCAAAAACAUGAAUAUCAAGACCCUCGACACCGGGGACAUCAGCUCACUCGUCUCCGCCCUCGCGUCCUCCGACGUCAUCCUCGAUGCCAUCUUCGGUUUCUCGUUCAAACCUCCGAUCCGUGCACCGUUCGACGCCGCUCUGCCGCUGCUGACCCGGUCUGGGCUUCCCAUCGUCUCGGUUGAUAUCCCAUCGGGGUGGGAUGUCGAGGCGGGCAACGACGCGGGGGUAGGGCUGCAGCCGGAUGUGCUGCUCAGCUUGACUGCUCCGAAGGAGGGAGUGAGAGCGUUCAAGGGCAGACACUUCCUCGGCGGUCGAUUUGUUCCCCC